AUGAUUCUCCAUUCGCUGAUGGAUUUUAUUUGCAUUCGUUUCUCUUUUUUCCAUGAAAUAUCCCCCCACCCCGCACUAUUCCUCUUCAUCUUUUUACAAGCCGUAGCGAAAUAUCUUUUCAAGCGCUUCCUGCUACUCCUUUUUACACUUUCAUCCCCACCCCAUAACUUCAUCUUUGUUUCUGGUCUCAUCCUAGCCUCAUUUUUAUCGGCAAGAAAAACGCACAUAACGUGCUGCACUGCCUACAAAUAUAACCGACCUCAACACUUUGAAAGCAGCACAACCUUUGGUUCUUCGCAAGUGCGCCGCAGCGUCUGUUAUAAGUACAUUCCCCAAGUCGUUACUUACCAGCAACGGGUCCUAUACACAGAGUUGGUACGAACCAAAAAAUGCCGCUUUUUACUUUUCUGUAAGACUGCAUAUCGAACUCGCGAAAGAUACCGACUGGAACGAAGGACAAAGACGAUACAAAAAAUGCAGCUCGAAUGUUGCAAAGGUUAUCACGAAGUGAACCAAAUUUGUGUUGCAGAUGAAGUACCUACUACUGAGCAAACAAUAUCCGAGGUUACUAAUCAGGGGACCGGUGCCUGGACUUUCAGGAACACAAGCGAAUCGAUACUAACAGGCAAAAACAAAGAGCUUCGUAUUACUAAAAGCAACCCGUCAACAUUCAUCAUUGCAAUUGUUGCCUGUUUCAUGUUUGUGGUCACUGUUAUUACUCUAGUCGUGAUUGUGCUUCGCAGAAGACUGAAGAAAAUGACAGCAUGCACGAGUGAGAUUCCAUACACACCAGAUGUCAUGCUGCCUCCAUCAAAAUCAACAAAUGAAUAUUCUGUACCACAACAAGAUCUGAACUGUCAAAACUUUUCACCGAAAGAGGAAAACUCUUACAUUAGUAUGGAAAACGGUUGUAAACUUCAAGUACCAUCUGCGAAAAUGAUGUUAGCGACUCGUGGAUCAAGAUAUCGGCUUGACAGUUUAGAGGGAUCACGUCACUAUUCUAACAGUCUGUACAUGACCCCAGAUCCUGUCACUUACACAAAUCAGAAUGUCCAAAACGAAAGAAUUCUAUUGACACUGUUGGGGAUAUUUAUGCUCGUCUUUCUUUUCCUUUAUUUUAUUUUUAUGAAAAGUGUCUGA